UUAAGCCGCAACGGGUCUAACGAGAGUAUCAGUUCAUCGCCGAGUUAUUCGCAACGCUCGGCACCGGUCGACGACCUGUCCUCCACCGCCACCGACGAGUCCUCUCCACUGCACCAUCACUUCCGGCCCCGAAGUAACACAUUGUCGGAAAUCGCGGACAUCAGCGCCGACACGGGUGCCGACGAUCGGCCGAUGACACGCAGCGAGUCGUUAGCCGUACACAACAGGCACUCGGCCUCAGGCGCCGCACAACCGAAGCCAAAACCACUGUUGAAUAUCUUCAUGAAAGUGGGCUCGAAGUCCAAUCUGAACCUCACGUCCGAUACGGCCGGCGAUAAGCUAUCGGGCGAUACCGGGAGUGCCAGUCCUAAGAGCGCCGGCAAUAGUCAGCCGAGCGGUCAGUCAUGGCGUCAGUCUAUAUUCAAUCGCAUACACGGCGGCGGCACCGGUAGUGACCAGAAACGGGCGGUCAAUACCGUAGAAAAGUCGUCGGUAGAGAUGUCGCCAAUGGGUGGCCACCGGCGGGCGCGGCGUCGGACUCGACAGGAGUUGCGUGAGUUGUGGCGAUCGGCGAUCCGGCAACAGAUGCUGCUAAACAAGAUGGACAAACAAAACCAGAGUUUACAGGACGACCGGAUCGGCACCUAUGAUAAGCGUAUGAAAUUAGAUUACGAUGAAAUACCAAACUUUUCGGACGCCACCCAACUCUGGGACGCCACUAAACGCUGGGACUCCCUGUGCGACGAUCACCGGCACCGCAAUCACGCGGCCAUAACCUACGAGCGCCUAUUCAAUGCCAUACAACUGGGUGUGCCCCGGCAUAAGAAGGGCGAAGUUUGGCUAUUUCUCAGCCAAUACUAUAAGUGUGUGAAUAAUGAUAAUAACAAUAAUAAGUGUUUUAAUAAUUGUAUUAAUAAUAAAACUGAUAACAAAGACAACGACUCCGUGAACGCCGACACCCCAUACCGGCAACUGUUGGGACAGUUGGCUACACAACAGCACGCUAUACUCGUCGACCUAGGUGAGUCUAGAAAA